UUUCCAUCCCCCCUUUCGAGGCUGAAUCUACCCGAUCCUUGACAUUCUCAUCGCAUCGCAUCUCCCCCGCAAUCAAUUUGGUGACAAAGUUCAGUUAACUUUCCCGUCUGUUUGUGUUUAGUUUAAACUGUUGUUGUUGUUGCUCCUCCUCCUCCUCUUCCUCCGACUCCGCCUCAAUCGAUUCCACGCCCACUUUUUCCUGCCAUUCCCAUUCCAAUCCUUUUGGGGGAGGAGAGAGUCACUCACUCACUCCCUUCUCUUGUCCUUCGUUCUUACCUGCUUUGCUCUGCUGCCUUAACCCAUCUGACCCGCUUACUCUCUCCCUCCAUUCUUUCCCUCCCCCCUCUUCCUUCCUUCCUUCCCUUUCCUCUCCUCUCCUCUCAUUCCCUCCCCUCCUUCCCUUAUUUCCCCCCCCCCCAAUCUGCAUCCUCCCUCCGUGCCAUCAUCCGGUCUUCCACAUCGACCUGAUGAGCUCACGGUUGAACUUCAAAUCGUUCACCUUCGGGACGAAGCGCAACAAGAACCACUCGCCUGUGCAGCACAGUCAACCUGUGAACGCUCCUUCUACCAACACCCUCGUCGCCGCUCCCUCCUCGGCCACUUCGCCCAGCUCUCCUCCCUCCGGUACCAGUUCCUCGACCACCAGCCUCCCCAUGAAUAACCAGAAUACUUUGGGGCGCCCCCCGAGCUACACCUACAACACCGCCGGCCGGCCCACCAGCCCUCUGCCGCCAGGCCAGCCUAUGCCUCACCACCCUCCGCCGUUAAACACCAACCUACCGUAUCCUCAGUCCUCCAUGGCCCCCAUGGGUGCUCCCCCCGGCUACGGGUUACAACAGCAGCUCGGUCCUGGCAUGGCUCCCGGCCUUCACCAACCCCAGUACGGCGUGCGGAACCCCGCCGUCGAAGUAGAAGGCGCCGGCCGGAGUAAGGCACAGUUGAUUGUGGGAAUCGAUUUUGGCACGACAUUCUCCGGUGUGGCUUUUGCAUUCGCGACCAACAACGAGGCGAGAGAGGACAUUAUCACAGAGUGGCCUGGCGCAGGCACUCACACCAAACAAAAGAUCCCGACCGUUCUGUACUACGAUCAGUACCAAAAGGUGGUGGGUUGGGGCCCGGAUAUCGCUGAUGCUUUGGCCCCCACCGGAUACCCGAAGCAAGGGGUACAGAAAGUCGAGUGGUUCAAGCUUCAGCUGAUGCUCUCCGGAAACACGUACAUUGACCCCAUCAACCUGCCGCCUUUGCCUCCGGGCAAGUCGGAGAUCGAUGUCGCCGCCGACUACCUCUUCAAGCUGCGACAGGCCAUGCGGGCCCAACUCCAAAAGACUUUGGGUGAAGUGUUUACCCGUGAAGAGCGAAACAUUCGGUACUACAUCACCGUACCGGCCAUUUGGAACGAUGCUGGGAAAGCAGCAACACGAGCCGCCGCCCUCCAGGCCGGCUUCCUGAGAGACGAGAAUGACAACCGCCUGACCUUGGUAUCCGAACCCGAGGCAGCGGCACUUUUCUGUGCAAAGACCGGUCUGCUGAACCUCAAGAUUGGGGACGCCAUCCUGAUUGUCGAUUGUGGAGGUGGUACGGUCGACUUGAUUGCGUAUGAGGUCGAAGAAGAGCAACCGUUCAGCGUCGCGGAAUGCACCGCGGGCUCUGGAGAUUCGUGUGGUUCCACCGCGCUCAACCGGAACUUUAGCAACAUUCUCCGUGCGAAGAUUCGCAAGAUGAAAUUGCCGGAUGGUUCCCGCACGGCAGGCAAGGUUUAUGCCAAAUGUAUCAUGGACUUUGAGAAUCGGAUCAAGGCCGACUUCCGCAACAAUGGCCAGAAAUGGGCAGUGGAUGUCGGAAUUGAAGCCGACUUCCCCGACGCAGGCAUCGAGGAGGGUUACAUGACGUUCACUAACGAGGAGAUCCUGCAAUGCUUCGAGCCCGUCGUGAAUAGGAUCCUUGAGCUGGUGCGCAAUCAAAUCAUAGCGAUCCAAGCGCAGAACAGGUCACUUCAGAACGUCCUUGUUGUUGGUGGUUUCGGUGCCUCGGAGUAUCUUUUCCAGCAGAUCAAGCUCCACGUCCCUCCACAAUAUCAGUCCAAGGUAGUCCGACCGAUGGACUCGGUCGCUGCCAUCGUCAAAGGUGCCGUAACUGCCGGAAUCACCGAGCGGGUGAUUACGCACCGUGUAGCACGACGCCAUUACCUGAUGGCCACGCUGCAACCCUUCAAGGAAGGAUAUCACCCCGAGCAAUACCGUGUUCCUAGUCUUGACGGCCGCGACCGAUGCAAGUACACAAGGCAAAUUUUCGUGCAGAAGGGCGAGCGGGUGAAAAUCGGCGAGCCUGUCAAGGUGAGCUUUUUCCGGCAGGUUGCGCCGGGAGCGACCCUCAUGUACGAGGAUAUUCUGUACGCGUGCGAUGAGGAUGUUUGUCCCGAGUACACUAAGGAUCCACGUAUCAAGGAAGUCGUCACCCUCACCUCCGAUCUGUCCCGUAAAAACUUGGAGACCGAUUUCGAGCGCAUGGACACGCCUCAGGGUACUUUUUACCGAGUGUACUUUGACAUUUACCUCACACUAGAUGGUAGUGAAUUCAGCGCAGAGCUUGUCUGUCAGGGCGAAGUGAUGGGUCGGUGCCGGGCCAAAUUCAGGUAGACGGCGCCCUGCUUGGGUUAGGCAGGCAGGCAGGCAGCAGAGAGCGUUCCUGUAUGGAUGGUCCGAAAAAAGAACCGACCGAGAGUACAAAUCGGGUUGAAUGUGGAAGUCCCAACUUUUGUGAUACACCAAUGAUGAUCAGCACUGCACUGGGAGGGCGUUUUAUAUGCUUGAGCUUGCGUCCGUGUGGACGAUUUUGGACAUGAUCAUUUUGUUGCGAGCCCCACCGAUUUUGGGGCCAAUUGUCUGUGUUUUCUUAUUCCCCUGGAUACCUCUUUGGAUGAGCUUUUUGAUGAAUUCUAUUUAAUCCCAUAAUGGCAAAAUUAUCCAUGAUGGUUUCUUCC